AUGGCCCAAGUUGCACAAUCACAAGCCGAUGCUGUUGCAACGACCCAACAACCCAGACUUGCGGGAUCACAGCAAACGAGCGGUUCCAGUGGUGUAAUCGGUUUGCCUAGCGUAAUCGACCCAUCUUUCUUCGAUGAUUGCUUUGAUCUAAAUCAGUUCAUUACUAACGAUUGCUUUACGAAUGAUGUCCUCAAUCUCGAUAACCUUGACUGGGCUGCAACGACUGACCCUGACUUGGCUGCCAACGGUCCCGAUGCUAAGCAGUCUCAAUACACUGACCUCUUGCAGAAUGAUCAACCUGAAAUUGGCUUAGGGCUAUCCUAUGCUCCGCCCGAGCAGUACAAUAAUUUACAACAUACGGCUGAGCCUGAAUAUGACCUUGGAGAUGUACUAAACUCGCUCGAACCAGUAUCUAAGGAACCAUAUGGUAAUGCACCUCUAGCGUUAAAUGCCUGGGACCCAACUUCAUGGACGAUGUCGGAAUAUGAAGGUGCUACACCAGGACUCUCAGCACUUCCUGGCGGCACUCAAUCCAUGCCGGAAAUGUUACAAUAUCCAAGCGCUAGCCAAGGGCGACAGACGUAUCCUGAUCCAUCUGCUCCACUAUAUCAGACUCAGCCCUACCUCCAGUUCCCACAGCAACAAUAUUCACAACAAUACCCAGAAUGCCCUCCAAUUCCCAUCGAGAACUAUAAGGUAGCAAAGCAAAUGAAAGCACAACCGGUAAAAAAACGGAAGCGUUCAGCAUUUAGCACGGACUCGGAGGACGACGCACCCACUACCAUGCGGCCGCGAGAGGAUCAACUUGUAAAAGUCAUCGCAUCACCAGAUGCCUCCCGCAAACAAUCCAUGAUUUCCGAGGACGGCUUCCUAAGCCAACCUGUAAGCAGGGGCGUCCUGAAAGCUGGUGAAAAGCCAAAGAAAUGCGAGGAUAAACCUUGGGUCCGUAUCAACCACACCACCAAAGGCGAAACGACUCGCACAGCUCGAAUCAAUCAGCAUGCAGAGGAGGGUCAUAGAUACAAGACCAAGAAACUCCCUUAUGGGGAUUGGGAAUCGACACACUAUACAUUUGACUACAGUAAGAACAAUGGUAUGCACGAAUUUAAGAAACGCACCAUGUCUGCCCGUCAGAUCCACGAGUACAUUACACAGUAUCCUGGUGAUAACCUCCGUAUCUGGAUCCAACCCGUAGCUUCUGAUUCUGCUCGUCGAUAUGCGUCUGCAUCCCAUAGCCAUUGCCGAUUCGAGAAGUGUCCAAUGCGAAAGUACACUGGCAAGGGCACAGCAGAAGUAGGCAACUACCGAGUUGCUUUUGACGAGAAGCACAAGACCUAUGGUCCGGGUGUAGUUGACCCAUAUGAUUGUGUUGGUUACGUCCAUUUGUACUGUAUGGAGCGCUUUCUAGACUUUGCGUUCAUUUGCCAAAUUGCAGAUGUUAGAGUGGACCAGCGCGUGAGCAUGGAGAAGGAACCCAAGGGCCAUUUUGCCUCUGCGUUUGGCCCUAAGCACCACCACGAAGCAGCUGUAGCGAAAAAGUUUAUCAACGCUGCCAGGAGAGGCCGGCUUGCUGAGACACCUGAGUUUGCAGACUACCCUGUUCAUGAAGAAUAUGCCCGAGGUGCGCCCAAGCCACAUGAACGCACGCUCGUCUACGCUCUAUACGACAUGAACAUCAAACACCGUGCAAAGUCGCAGAUGAAACAGUUUAUCCUCCAACGCACGAUCCGACCUGGAUCCUUCACCGUGCACCGUGGUGACAUGGAGGUGAAGCUUGUAGACAAGAAGAUCGAGCGGCUCCCUGCUUUCAAAGAGUUCUUGAAAGACGGAUCGAAAAAGGACUUUGACUACUCAGCGUACUACGACAAGUUCCAUCCAGAGAUCAAGGAGCGAAUCAAAGAAUGUAUGGCGCUCCGGGAGCAAUUAAUCGCCGAAGACGGAGCGGAGAAUAGCACCAAACGCUCUCGACGACCCCGACGUUCCUCCCUCGAAGAAUCCGAAGACGAAAUCGUAAUGCCCUCGAAGAGGCACAAAAAACGUAGACUCGAUGACUCGGAUUCGUCAGACUCCUCCCCUCCAUCCCGCAAGACUGGCUCCAAAAAGCCCACACUCACCUUCGACAUCUCUUCCCCCCAAGACCCGCAGCCUUCAUCCCGCCCCAGCUCUCUGCGCCAAAAACCUCGCAUCAACUACUCGGAACCCCACGACUCCCUCCCCUCUCCUCGCACCACCACCCCAGCCUCCGCUCUCUCGCCCUCAUCCACCGCCCCAAAACCCGCUCUCUCUCCCUCCGACCCAUCCCUCUCCACCACCCCCGCAGCCAACGACGCCCGCAAAGAAAGCUGCACGGCCCUCUUCCCCACCAACGACAGCGAGUGGGCGAACCUCGAUCUCGCCCCGCUCGACGGCACCGAGGCUUUCCUGACACAAGCUCAGAUCGAUGCGCUGCUUAAUGCGGCGUAUCGGCGCAAGUCGAGUACGUUGAGUAUGGGGCCGGUGGCUACGUCGGCGCCGGGUACGCUGCCUGGGGUUCUGUCGGUGCCGUUGGUUGCAUCGUCGUCGUCGUCGUCGUCGUCAUCGCUGCGCAGGGCGAGUUUUAAUGCAAAACCCGUGUCGGCGUGUAGGGAGUUUAGGGUGGAGGAUCCGCCGGUUUGUGUGGCGGAGGGGAGGGAGUUGAGGAGGAGUAGUAGGAGGGGGAAAGUGGAGAAGGUGUAG